AUGGCCUCUGGGUCUGGCCUGGGUAGCUGCAUGCCUGGAGAAGACUCUGGGAAGUUGCUGUGUGUGCAGCCACUCUCCAGCUGCUCCACCUCGGCAGGUGGGCACAGCUGCUCUAAGGCUGCUCAGCUGCUGCAGGUGCAUGUGCCACUCUCUGGCUGCUCAGCUGCCACAGGCGUGUGCAGCCGCUCUCUGGCUUCUUGGCCACUGUGUUUUGGCCAUGCCAGCUGGAGAAAUAACUGGCAGGCUGCCUAUUGCCAUGAGGGGCUUCAAGUGUGCAUUGUCACUCAGAUGGCUGGGGUGCCCGAACUUCCUCAGAAUUCCCAGCCUGCUGAUAAACCAUUUCACACUCACCCCUUUCACCUCACUCAUGAAAUCGUGCAGCUGAACAACAGUGUGACUGAGUUCAUUCUGCUUGGGUUGACCCAGGAUCCUGCUUGGAAGAAAAUAGUGUUUGUCACUUUCUUGCUUUUCUAUUUGGGGACGUUGCUGGGGAACUUGCUGAUCAUCACGACCAUCAAGACCAGCCAGGCACUUGGGAGUCCAAUGUUCUUCUUUCUUUUCCACUUGUCUUUGUCUGACACCUGCUUCUCUACCUCCGUUGCUCCCAGAAUGAUUGUGGACGCCCUUUUGAAGACCACUAUCUCUUUCAAUGAAUGCAUAGUCCAAGUCUUUUCAUUCCAUUUUUUUUUUGGUAGCCUGGAGAUAUUCAUCCUGAUCCUCAUGGCCGCUGACCACUAUGUGGCCAUCUGUAAGCCCCUGCACUAUGUGACCAUCAUGAGUUGGCGGGUCUGCAGUGUGUUGGUGGCUGUGGCCUGGGUGGGGUCCUACGUGCAUUCUUUAGCUCAUAUUUUUCUGACCUUGAGUUUACCUUUCUGUGGUUCCAAUGUGAUUGAUCACUAUUUCUGUGACUUGCAGCCCUUGUUGAAAAUUGCCUGUACAGACACCUACACAGUCAAUCUCCUCUUGGUGUCCAAGAGUGGGGCCAUCUGUACAGUGAGCUUUGUCAUGCUGGUUAUCAUCUUGCAUACUCUGAGGAACCACAGUGUUGAAGGGAGGGGAAAAGCCCUCUCCACCUGCAUCUCCCAUAUCACUGUGGAUUGCAUAUUUAUAUAUACACGCCCUGCAACUACCUUUUCCAUGGACAAGAUUAUAGUGGUGUUUUAUACACUUGCAACACCUUUGCUCAACCCUCUGAUUUAUACACUAAGGGAUGCAGAAGUGAAAAAUGCCAUGAGGAAAUUAUGGAGCAAGAACUUAGUCUCAGAAGACAAAAGGUGA